GCGGGGAGCGGUGCCGCAAUGCGCGCCUCCGCGCCGGCUUGUGCUCGCGGAUGGAGAGAGGAGGCGCGCGCGCCUAGAAGACUGUGCCAACGCGCCCCCGCCUGGGGCUAUAAAAGCUUCGCCACCUGCUGCCGCCAGUGCAUCCAAUUGCCCUAGAAGCCGAUUCGCCUCCUUCGGCGGUCGCUCCUCUCCGGCAUGGACCCUGAGACCUGCCCCUGCCCUACUGGCGGCUCCUGCACCUGCUCUGACUCCUGCAAGUGCGAGGGCUGCACAUGCGCCUCCUGCAAGAAGAGCUGCUGCUCCUGCUGCCCCGCAGAGUGUGAGAAAUGUGCCAAGGACUGUGUGUGCAAAAGUGGAGAGGGGGCCGAAGCUGAGGAGGAGAAGUGUAGCUGCUGCCAGUGAGGACGGCCCCCCGUCCUGCGUGAAACGUGUGUAAAUAGUGCGGGGUGGCCCAGUGCCACCUGCCCUGUGGCGAGGCCCAGCGGUGUGUCCCCUUUCCUGCAAACUAUUGGCAAGUGACAAUAAAUCCUAUGAAUGGCAUAA